GACAAUAAUGUUUACAUGAUCUCAGUUGCAUGGAAGAAUGACUCGAUUGAAGUUUUUUUGACUAAUUUUAUUGAAAUAUGGAUGGAAAUAUUGACAACUGAAAUUAUUAUGAAAAGAUGCAAGGAAAUGAAUCCACUUUUAAGUGAUAAUGCUUUGAAUUAUAAAGAUAUUGUGAUGAAUAUCUUGAGUAAUAUACCAGAACACAUUGACAAAGUGUCUGUUGAGCAAAUAAAGCUACGUACGAAGAUAGAAGGUGGCUCACUAAGAUUUUCCUUGAAUUUAUCAAAAGGAACGUGUCAGGAUUUCUGGGAAAUUAUAACUAAACCUCUGUGUGUAUCCUCAAUGGAAAUGAUUCGUCAGCAGAAAAUUCUUGUUGAUUUAAUUAAAAAGAAAGAUGAAGAAAUUGCUGAAUACAGAGCAGAAGGUGUUGAGUUAAUAAGAAGGAAUACCAUGACAGAACCAUUUAGAGAGGAACAACUCAAAACAGUGAUUCCAGUUUUCAAUUUGAUUGAAUGUACGAAUAUGUUUCAGAAAAUAGAAAAUUUGUACAAUAAACCUGAAUUAAGUGAAAAUAGUGAAACAUGUAUAAAACCCACAAGCAGCAAGAAUAUUCAAAUGGAGAAAACAGAGGAGAGCAUAACUAUUCUUUCUGACAGUAACACUCUUGAGUUUAAGAAAGAUACGCAAGAAAAAUUUGGUGGCAUAAAAUUAAGAAAAAGAAGUCACAAAGAAACGAAGGCCAUACGUUUGGUGCCGCGAUCUGUAAAAAAAUUGAAACCCAUAAAUGAAUUUAUAUCGUAA